ACGACACGCGUGACAGACAAAGAACAAGCUCACUCAAUGUCCAACCAACCCGCGAGAACAUUGCACACGUUAAUGUUAUUUACAAUAAUUAAAAAUACAAAUAAUUACACACUAAUUAACAUUAAUUAAAAUUUAUAAAUUAGCUUUGCCCAUCAUUCAAACAACAAGUGAAUUUUUAAUUUAUUUUUAUUCUUAAAAAUAGUGCUUUUCACUCAGUGUUUUUUUAUUUGUUUAUAUUUUUUUUCUGUUAAUUGAAAAAAAAUAUUUAUUAAUUUGAUGAUUAAUUGGUGAGGAUAUUAUUUAUUUUUUUUGUUGAAUUUUUAAAAUGUUUUGACGUCGUUUUAUUGAUUAAUGAUGAAUUAAAUUUUAAUUAAACAAAAUGUUUGUUUGUUUGCUGUUUAAUUGUGGGAUAAAUUUGUAUCAUCAGUUGAGCCACAAGUGUAAUUAGUAGUUUUGUUUGAUACAUGAAUUUGAAUUAAAAAUAAUUACAAUAAUUAGAAAAUUUUAUAUUAAAAAUAUAAUUAAAUAUUUUAAUUAUAUUUAUAAAUUUUUUAUUUUUAAAAUAAAGGUUUUAUGAGGGAAAAAAAAUUAUAGUUUUGAAGAAAAUUGGAAGUUGAGUCGACAAGUAUUUGUUCUUAUUUAUUUUUUUUCUACGUGACUGAAAAGAUAAUUUAACAACUUUUACCACCAUAUACUAAAAGUUGACAAAGAGUUUUUUAUUAUUAUUUUUUUUUUACCAGAUGUCGUGAAUAUUGGCCUCUCGAGAAUCUGUAAAACUUUUCUGAUAACAAACUCACAUGCAACUGAUAUAUUUGUUAUUUAAUUUUCAAUUUUUUUCGUCCAGUCGUCAAAACAUUUUAUCAAUUUUUCAUUUAAAUUAAUAUCAAUGGGUUUUAAAAAUUCUAUUAAAUAAUUAUUUGUAGAUGAAAAAAUAGCAUCAGCAGGAUAUAAGUGAGCCAUAUAUUUAUUGCUGUAAAGCAGCUUUAAUUUAUUUAUUUAUUUAUUCAAAAAUUAUCAAAAUGGUUCAUAUUGAGCCUGGAAUUUCUGGAUAUGUUCAAAAUAUUCAUCUUGGGAGCAAUGAUACCGAUGUCUUGGCCCGUAAAAUUGUUGGUAUGGAGCGUCGAGAUAUUAUCUUGACAGCAAUAUUUGGUACAUUUGGCGCUGUAGGCGUCCUCAUCGGCUUCGGUCUGGCUGCUUGGCUAUAUCUUAAAGCCCGAUCGUCCAAAGGACGUGACGGUGACCUUGAAGAACAAAUGGAUAAUGAUGAAGGUGCAAGUUGCAGUCAAUCACAACAACCAGCUAAAAAAAAUGGUUUUCUUAAUUUAAAAACACCACUGAUAAGCACCAAGGCACUUGGGGCACAAUUGGAGACAACUGGAAGCCCUGGAAGCAAAUCACCAGCUGGAGGAAGUGGUGGUACUGGUGGUGUAUCUGAUCCACGUUCACCAAAUUCAGGAUUACAAAAUAAACAACUCACAAAUGUCAAAGGAGAUCAUCCCUCAAAAGCAUUUCUACAAAGCAGAUCUGUUUCACUUGUCGACAUGUAUAUUGACAACACAGAACCCAGUGAAAAUGUUGGACAAAUACAUUUUAGUCUUGAAUAUGAUUAUCAAAAUACUACACUCAUACUACGUAUUAUUCAGGGAAAAGACUUGCCGGCGAAAGAUUUAUCUGGAACAUCUGAUCCGUACGUGAGGGUGACUCUAUUGCCUGACAAAAAGCAUCGACUCGAGACUAAAAUCAAAAGGAGAACCUUGAAUCCAAGAUGGAAUGAAACACUCUACUUUGAAGGAUUUCCAAUACAAAAGCUACAAAGUCGAGUUUUACAUCUUCAUGUAUUUGACUACGAUCGAUUCUCCAGGGACGAUUCCAUUGGUGAAAUGUUUUUACCAUUGUGUCAGGUUGAUCUUUCGGAAAAACCUUCAUUCUGGAAGGCACUUAAACCACCAGCUAAAGACAAAUGUGGUGAACUUUUAUGCUCACUUUGUUAUCAUCCAAGUAAUUCUGUUUUAACAUUGACACUUUUAAAAGCAAGAAAUCUCAAGGCCAAAGAUAUCAAUGGAAAAUCAGAUCCAUAUGUCAAAGUUUGGCUACAAUUUGGUGAAAAAAGAAUUGAAAAACGAAAGACACCAAUAUUUAAAUGUACACUUAAUCCAGUUUUCAACGAGGCAUUUUCAUUCAAUGUACCAUGGGAAAAAAUACGUGAAUGUUCACUUGAUGUUAUGGUCAUGGACUUUGAUAAUAUUGGAAGAAAUGAACUCAUUGGUCGUAUACAGCUUGCAGGUAAAAAUGGAAGUGGUGCAAGUGAAACAAAACAUUGGCAAGAUAUGAUAACAAAACCAAGACAAACAAUUGUUCAAUGGCAUCGUCUCAAACCAGAGUAGGAAAGGUAUAUCAUCAGGGGUAAACGUACCUGCAAUGUCACAAGUACAAUUAAUAAUAUUCAAAAAUUAUCAAAAAUCACUGUAACACGUGUCAUUUAUAAUGGCAUUGAUAAAUUAUCACCAUUAUCUAAAAAACGUAAAAUCGAUGACGAUAAUAAUGAUCAUGAAAAAUUACAUGAAAGUUGUGUCAAGGUCAAUGAUAACAUAAUAGCUAGACUAUUAAAUAUUAAAAAACCUAAAAAAGAAGAGUAAUAAAUAAUAUUUUUAAUUUACAUUUAAUUUUUUUAUUAUUAUAAUUGACAAAUAUAUAUAUAUAUAUUUUUUUUUCCCUUUUUUAAUUUAAAGAACGUGAAACACUGUGCUCUAAAUGUUUGUAAAUAAACGCACACAUGGCAUUAAUAAAGAACACAGGACUGUCGAAAAAAAAAAAAAAAAAAAUUUACUGUUUAU